GUGACAGCCAACAACCAGAAUCAGCAUCAACUUCUCUUUGGUGGAAUUAAGGAAGAUCAGCCAGCACAACCACAAACAUGGGCAAGGUAAACUUGAUUUCCCACAGUUUUACAUAAAUGACUUGGUUUGUUUCACUUUAGGUCACUAACAUAAAUGUAAAAUUUUUAGGUCAUCUUCUACGAGGACAGAAACUUUCAGGGUCGCUCUUAUGAGUGUAAUAGCGACUGUGCUGAUAUGUCCUCCUAUCUGAGCCGCUGUCACUCCUGUAGAGUAGAGAGCGGAUGCUUCAUGAUGUACGAUCAUCCAAACUACAUGGGACACCAGUAUUUCUUUAAGAGGGGCGAGUAUGCCGAUUACAUGUCUAUGUUUGGUAUGAGCAACUGGAUCAGAUCCUGUCGUAUGAUCCCCAUGCACAGAGGAUCCUACAGAAUGAGGAUCUACGAGAGGGAGAACUUCAUGGGUCAGAUGUACGAGAUGAUGGACGACUGUGACAACAUCAUGGACCGCUACCGCAUGUCUCAAUGUCAGUCAUGUCAUGUGAUGGACGGUCACUGGCUCAUGUAUGAGCAGCCUCACUACAGAGGCAGGAUGUGGUACGCAAGGCCUGGAGAGUACAGGAGCUUCAGCAAUAUGGGUGGCAUGAGAUUCAUGAGCAUGAGGCGUAUCAUGGAUUCCUGGUAUUAGUGU